CUGAUAUGAGUAGUCAAACAUAAAUGGGAUAAACCGCUAAAUCCUUAACAACCGUACGAUACCAAUCUAAUCCACUCCACACCAUCCGAUCUCUCAUCCACUGGUCCCCCGCCUAACAAACUCAAAACCUCCCUGAACUCUGACACUCAUUAACACCAGGCACACACGCCAGACCACACUCACGCAAACACUGCGUUAAGCCAUUGACAAACUGAAACCAACUCCAGAACCUUCUAGGUUCUUCUAGAAGCUCAUUUCAAUGGCUGAGACCAAGAGAUCCACUGGCACCGUCAAGUGGUUCAGUGCACAGAAAGGUUUUGGCUUCAUAGCUCCCGAUGACGGCGGCGAGGAUCUGUUUGUCCACCAGACCUCGAUCCAGUCCGACGGCUUCCGUACCCUCUCCGACGGACAGCCUGUGGAGUUCUCCGUUGAUUCAAGUGAAGACGGCCGCAGCAAGGCCGUUGAUGUCGUAGGCGUGUCCAGAUCUCGCCGUCCUCCUCGUGGAGGCCGCGGUGGCGGGAGGGGGUACUACGGCGGAAGAGGACGAGACGGCGGCGGUUUUGGAAGAGGCGGCCGUUCAAGUGGGGGAGGAUAUGGAGGCGGAGGAUAUGGCGCUGGAGGGGGUGGUGGCGGUGGUGCUUGUUUUAAUUGCGGACGGUCCGGUCAUUUAGCGAGGGAUUGUUAUCAGGGUAGCGGUGGUGGUGGGAUAUAUGUUGGCGGUGGAGGCAGAGGAUAUUCUGCUGGUGGUGGUGGUGGUGGAGGUAGAGGUGGAGGAUGCUACAAUUGUGGAGAGGAAGGGCAUUUUGCGAGAGACUGUCCUAAUACUGAUAACAAGUGAGAGAAUGUGAGUGGUUUCAGUUAAUGAUGACACGAGCGCGGUGGUUGUUAAUAAUUCUUUUGUGGAUUGUUGCAUUUUCAAGGUUUGGUGAUUGCUUCUCUCCUUUUUUUUUUAAGGAUGCAAACCAGCAUAGAAGAUGGAGCAGAAUCGCUUUCUGUUCUAAUUGUUUUUUAUUUUUUAUUAUAAUUUGUUAUUGUUGGCGAUUGUUUGCAUAAGAUAUACUUCCUUUUCUUUUUCAUCGGUUAUUGUUUAACAUGAAACUGAUUACAUUUUACCUGUUUUAUAUGAGAUUAAUUAUUUUUUCUACACUUACUUAAAUUGUUAUGAUAUUAGUAAAUUUGGUAAUGUUGCUCAGGUCUAAGUAAACUUUAAUUUCAAAGCUGAAUAGAUAUUAUCAAGAUUGGGUCAUGAAUGUGCUAGCCACUAUUUGAAAGUGAUGGCAUGCUUUUUUGCAUUUUUCGGUUUCAUUCAGUUUUAUAUGUGGAUAAGAUAGCAAUAUUUAUCUUAAUACCAAGAAUUUCAUAUGAAUGGGUGUGUAUAUAUAUAUUCCCUUUAAUCUAUGGCUAGAAUUCUUGUAAUCUUAUCUGAAGUUUGUUAGCCUAUGAAAGGUUGAAAUUGUAUUUGUUAAGAUUGGAAUCCUUUGGGGCCAGACCGGCCACUCCUUGAAGGGUCUUGUGCGUGGCCUUAUCCAUCUCCUGUUUUGGCUCCAUGAUAUAUAUCCACAGUUUUGUUGUCUGUGGUCUUUAUCUUUUCACAAAAUUGUAUGACUGAUUAUUGAAAACAAAAAGAAAGAAUGAUCUGAUGCAAUUAUUACAAAAGAAAUGCAUAAUGAUAAGGGGUUUAUGUAUUCUUUCUGAGCUGUAACAUCUUGCAACAGUAAUAACUCAAACAGCGAAGGAUGGCUUGCUAUUUAAUGUUGCAUGCAAGUUCUAAAGUUUACUUCCUUUAAAUUCUCUAAGUGGCAGCUGGUUUCUAAGAAGGCAGGACUUAACAGUCCUGCCAAUUUGUGAAAGCCAUUUCUCUUUUAUUUUGGGCGAUUAUUUAGAAAGCUCUUCUAUUGAGCAUGAUCUUGUUAGAUCUAUAUUAUAAGUUAUAUAGCCACUUGGUGUCUUAUUAAUGAAAUCUUCUCCAAGACAAAUAAAAAAAAAAUGCUACUAAUCUUAUGUUUCUUUGCCUUCUUUUUUGUUUUUGGUGAUUUGUUGUGUUAUUGAUAUACAAAUAUCAAGUUCUAUGAUAUCUGAGUGUUUGGACUUUGGAUGAAAUGUGCAUUAUGCUUUGUAUGAAACACUAGGAUGAUGUUUCUUUAAAUGACGAUUCAUGCAAGGAUUGACAUAUGAGCAGCAUGUUCCAAAGUUUUGAUGUUGUUUUAUAGAUCUGUAACGGGUAUGGCGGAUCCUAAUUUCUCUUCUUCCACUCCCCAUAAUUUUUCUUGGGAGGAACCUUGGUUAAUGGUUAGCAACUUAGCAUGCAGGCCUGUCCUGGUUGGUUAUCUUUGAAGAAAUCCCCAAGUUAGUAGCAUGCCUAGCAUGUCAUCUCCACUCCAUUAAAGAACUCCUUGGCUCUUUUGGGCUCACUGGGUAUUUUUGUUGAUCGUUGGCUAUAAUUAAAUCUUUCUGGUUAUGCCACGUCAUGUUGCCAGUUCAGUUCUUCUACAUGUCUAACCAGGGGCAACUUGAUUUUCUAUUGUCAUAGAAAACCUGGAGAUCAUAUAUUCAGAGAAUUCCCUCAUAUCAAGGUCUUCAAGAUGCUAAGGUUUUACAUACUUUUAUCUUCACUUGUUUUGCUCUAGUUUGAGUAAUUUGAGCUUUGUAGAUUCACAUGUACUUAUCCAGCAUGCAAUUUACAUGUAAAUGAGCGGAUACGUCAAAGUUAACUUUAGAAUGUUUGAGGAGGAUCGCGUAGCCAUAGAGCAUUGAUAUGCGAAAAGAAAAGGAAUUGGUACU